UAAGCACUAAGUAAACACUAAGUGAGCACUAAGUAAGCACUAAGUAAGCACUAAGCAACUAUGUUUAAGGGUCAAACAUUUCUAAUUGUUAGAAGCUGUGAGGAUUCGGAAGACUCAGCCGAAUUGAGUCAAGCGAAAACUCUUUUACAGGAAAAUGGAGCCACUAUUAUUGAAAAGGAAGAGCAUGAUAAUGAUAAGAAUUACUUAGAAGAAGAAGAAGAACAACAACAAGAACAUGAUAUCGUAGUAAAUCAUAUCAUUACUAAAUCUAUACAAUUCAUAGAGUAUGGACUUGCUAUAAAAUCCAUGAUUCCUAUAACCUUACCUAAUUGGGUUAGAGAUUCAAUAAGUAGUGGUAAACCAGUUAACUAUAAGAAUUAUAAUCCUGAUCCAAAAUUUUUCUUUAAGGAUGUAUUUAUAUGUGUAGCCGAUAAUUUACCAAUUGGAGAUAAAGAAGCUAUCUAUGGAGGAGUUAAAGCAUUUGGAGGUAAUUAUCUUGAUGUUUUAACCAAAUAUACUACUCAUCUUAUUGCUGUAGAUAUAACUAAUGAAAAGAGUAUUAUUGCCUCCAGUGCAAUUCAUACCAAUGAUAAUGAUUCACAUUCACAUUCACAAAAUAAUGGAAUUGAUAUUAAAAUAGUCUUACCUCAUUGGAUAGACCAUUGUAUAACUUUAGGUAGAAAAAUUGAUGAACUGGCAUAUUUAUUACCUAAUCCAUCAAUUCUUAAACAAGACAAACAAUUAUUUUUAAAUAAAUAUUCUUCAAUUCCGGAAGAAGAAUUAGCUCAUAGUCAAAAUUAUAUUACGGAUUUCUUUAAAGGUAAAUCAUUUUAUAUUUGUCAAGAUUAUAAUGUUUCCGAAAGAUUAAUUAAUUCAGUUGAAUCAUUAAUUGAUACUCAUGGAGGUAAAGUUAAUUUAAAAUUUAAUGAGGAUUUAAUUGAUGUUUAUAUUGGGAAAUUUAGAAGUGGAGAUUCUUAUAGUAAAAGUUGUAAAUCUAAUCGUAUAGUGGUAGGUAAUUUACCCUGGCUUUAUCAUGUUAUUGUUACCAAUAAAUGGAUAUUACCAAUAAAUUCAAAUUUAUUACAUUAUCCAAUACCUAAUGAAUCAUUAUUGGAAUUUAAAAAUCUUAAAAUUUCAAUUACAAAUUAUAGUGGAGAUUCUCGAGCUUAUUUAGUAAAACUUAUAACUUAUUUAGGUGGUACAUUUACUAAGACUUUAUCCAAGGAUAAUGAUUAUUUAAUUUCUGCCAAGGAUGAAGGUAAAAAGCAUUUAACAGCUAAAGAAAAAUGGUUAAAUAAUGAAGGAAAUCCAAAGAUUAAGAUUGUUAAUCAUUUAUGGCUUGAAGAUUGUUUUGCUCAAUGGAAAUUAAUUGAAUUUAAUCAAUCUAAGUAUCAAUUUUUUGGUAAUGGACAGAAUUCUAUGGAGUCAUUAAUUGGUAGAACUAAAUUAGAUGAAAUUGUAUUAAAACAAUGGAAUGGAUUAGAUAAUCUUGACAUUGAUCAUGAAAAAGAUAGUCAAAAUGUAGAUGAUAGUAUGAGUGAAGAUGAAGCUACUCAGAUAGAAGCAGCAACAACAAAAACAACAACCACCACAGAUCCAGAACCUCGUCAUAGAGGUAGAGCAGCUGCUGUCAAAGCUGCUUUAAAGCUUCAUGAUAAUAUAUCUGACUUAAAUAACUUUGAGAAAGUUAAGAAAAGUACUAAGAAAUUAAAUGCAUUUGCUGAUAAUUGGGAUGGUACACCGGUUAAAAGAAGUAAUCCAGAUGCUGAUGAUAAUUCUGAUUCUCAACCCUCACCAUUGGUGAAAAAGUUGAAGACUGACACUGGACUGGAACUGCAACUGGAACCAGAAGAAUCAUCAGUAGAGAAUGAAGAACAAUUGAUUAAUCAUGUGGUGGCCAUUAUGACAGGUUGUGAAAAGGAGAUAUCUCUUAGUAGAAGUGAUAUAGCUAAACUUACAGAGGCUGGUAUACAAGUGUUAUCUGAUUUCCCCAUUAGUCAUACGAUUUCCAUCAAUACAUUAAUUGCUCCAAAGAUAUUAAGAACUGAAAAGUUUUUAAGGAGUCUAAGUAUGGUUGAUAAUGUAGUACAUCCUCAAUAUUUGAUGGAUGUACUUGAAAGGCUUAAUGAUAAUGAAAAAGAGAAAGAUAAUUCUGAAUCAAUUAAUUAUUCAGUACUUGCCAAACAAGUCGAUUUACACCAGUAUUCCUUAGCCAAAUACAUUCCUGUCAAAGAAUUAAAUAUAGAAUUGGGAUAUCCAAUUAAACAUAAGGGGAAUGGAUUAGAAACGCUAUUAAAUUCUCCUAAUCGAGGUCAAGUAUUUAAUGAAUUAAAUUUAAAUAUAUCUGCUAAUUUAAAUGGAGGUGCAGAAGUUAUAAGUGGUAUACUUGAAGAUCAUGGAAUGACUAAAUGUUCUAUAAUUAAAUCGAGUAUAACUAUGAUACAACUUAAGAAAUGUAUAAUUGAAUCUACCAUUAAGAAUGAUUCAAUAUGUAUAUUAAUUGCUCAUAAACUGAAGGAUACCAAAUUGAUUAAUAACUUUAAAAAGUUAAAUGUCAAUGCUAAUGCUAAUGCUAUAGUGGUAGAAUGGGAUUGGUGUGUUAAAUCGAUAUUUAAAGGUCAAUUAGAACCAUUCCAAUCGUAUCAGCUUUAGCAUUUUUACAAAGUUUUAUAAUUUAUAACUAACUUUUCAAAAUUUAUUGUGAAGUUUGAAUAUACAACAUAUAAAAGAAAGAAAGAAAUGACGAAUUAAAACAUAAUAAACAUGGAGAAUCAGGUAAUCUAUAUAUAUAGCAAGAUAUAGUAGUAUGACAUGACCUAAUUCGACGUAAAGAGCA